GAAGCAAAUUAUCGAUAGUGCCAUCGAUGGUUUGACAGCUAUUUUUGGCAGGAAAAUUUUCAUUAUUUUAUUUAAUAAAAUAUAAUGACUCAAAAGUGCGAGACCACAAACUGCGGCAAGGAGGCAACCUUGCAGUGCCCCACCUGCCUGAAGUUGGGCAUCAAGGGCUCUUUCUUCUGCUCGCAGCCGUGUUUCAAAGGUUUCUGGAAGGAGCACAAGGCAAUCCAUGCCUUAGCAGCUGGGGCUUCUAACUCAUCUGGACAGGAUGGAGCCUACAAUCCGUGGCCGCAAUUCCGAUUCACCGGCAAAUUGCGUCCAUUCCCACAGACUCCCAAAAGGGCCGUACCAGAGGCCAUCCAGCGGCCAGAUUAUGCCGACCACCCCGCAGGUCGUUCCCUCUCAGAGGAGGCCUUGCGGGGUACUAAAAUUAAGGUUCUUGACGACGAGGAGAUCGAGGGCAUGAGAGUAGCCGGCAGACUUGGACGUGAAUGCUUGGAUGAGGGCGCCAAGGCCGUCGAGGUGGGCACCACCACCGACGAACUGGAUCGUUUAGUCCACGAGGCGGCCAUCGAGCGAGAAUGCUAUCCCUCGCCCUUGAACUAUUACAACUUCCCUAAGUCGUGUUGCACUUCAGUCAACGAGGUGAUCUGCCACGGAAUCCCAGAUCAACGACCUCUGCAGGAUGGAGAUCUCUGUAAUAUCGAUGUAACCGUCUAUCAUCGCGGUUUUCACGGCGAUCUCAACGAAACCUUCUUCGUGGGAAAUGUCUCGGAGAAGCACAAAAAGCUGGUGCAGGUCACCCACGAGGCGCUCAGCAAGGCCAUUGAGUUCGUGCGUCCGGGAGAGAAGUAUCGCGACAUAGGCAACGUGAUCCAGAAGUAUGUGGCUCCCCAUGGAUUCAGUGUGGUGCGCAGCUAUUGCGGCCACGGCAUUCACCGCGUUUUCCACACAGCCCCCAACGUGCCUCACUAUGCCAAAAACUCUGCCGUAGGCGUCAUGGCGCCAGGACACUGCUUCACCAUUGAACCAAUGAUUUCCAUUGGCGUCCAGAAGGCUGAAACCUGGCCCGAUGACUGGACAGCCGUUACCGCCGAUGGCUUGUUCUCUGCCCAGUUCGAGCAAACGCUUCUGGUCAACGAAACUGGAUGUGAGAUCCUUACCAAGCGUCGCGAGAAUAACGGACAGCCCUGGUUCAUGGACAAGAUGUGAGGGAACUAGCUUGGGCUAAUAUAUAACUUCUAGGGCUAUCUUUCAAGCUUUAAUUUGUAAUUUUACAAUAAAAUCUAGAGUUUCUAUUCCCAA